GCCCCUUCAUCACUCCAACAAUCAAGAGAAGAACAGCAACAACAAAUUAAAAAGAAAAUCAUACAUCAAUGGAGGAGACGAACUUCGGCAGUCAGGAACUCUUGGAGGCUCAAGCCCACGUCUGGCACCUCUUGUUCAGCUACUUGAAAUCCAUGUGUCUCAAGUGUUCACUGGAGCUCGGCAUUGCCGAUGCUCUCAUGAACCACGGCAAGCCAAUGGAGCUCACUGAUCUAGCUUUUGCUCUCUCUAUCCCUCCAUCAAAGGUUGAAGCUUUUGGUCGUUUUAUGACCACUCUAGUUAAUUUAGAAUUAUUCUCUAAAAAGCAAGAUAUUUCAGGAACCACAAAAUUUGUACUCACACCUAUGUCUCAUCUCUUGGUUAAGAAGGAAACCAUGAACAUGACUCCUUUCCUUAGAUUGAUCCUAGACCCUCUCAUGUGUGACUCUUCUCAUACCUUGGGGCCAUGGUUCAAGAGCCCUAUGGAGACUCCUUUUGAGUUUCAUUUCGGUAAACCGUUGUGGGAAGUGGUAGAUGAGAAGCCGGAGUUCAACAACAUGUUCAAUGAGGGGAUGGCAAGUGAUUCGGCCCUUGUGGGUGAUGUUGUUAUGAUGACUUGCAGGGAUGUGUUUAAGGGGUUGAAGUCACUAGUUGAUGUUGGUGGUGGGACUGGAACUAUGGCAAGAGCUAUAGCUCAUGCUUUCCCUGGGACUAAGUGCACUGUUCUUGAUCUCGCUCAUGUAAUUGAUACUUUGAAGGAGGACAAUAGUCUUGUUGAGUAUGUUGGUGGAGAUAUGUUUGUUUCUGUUCCUCAUGCACAGGCUGCUCUCUUGAAGUGGAUUUUACAUGAUUGGAAUGAUGAGGAAUGCAUCAAAAUAUUACAACGAUGCAAAGAAGCAAUUCCAUCAAGAGAGGAUGGUGGGAAAAUUAUUAUAAUUGACAUGGUGGUAGGUAUUACCACUGACAAGCAUCCUUAUGCAGUUGAGACACAACUACUUUUUGAUUUACUGAUGAUGUCACUCGUAUCUGGCAAAGAAAGAAAUGAAAGUGAAUGGAAAAAAAUAAUUCUUGCUGCAGGCUUUACUGAUUAUAAAAUCACUCCUUUCUUAGGUCUUCGAUCAGUUAUUGAGUUAUAUCCGUGAAAAAUAUGGUUUACAUCUUAUAAAAUGUUAUUAUGUAAGAUGGUGUGUUCUUCAAAUAAGUUCAUAAGUUGAUGUUGAACUUAUUUGCACUAGGUCAACAUGCAUGGUUGAUUGCUAUAAUGUAAGAAUAUAAAUAAGAUGCAUGUACUGUUUACAUUUUCGUUAAUAAAGGAGAUAUUUAUUUGUGUUUUUAUGUAUUA